AUGUCCAAUGUGGCAAUUUGGCCCGUUGAAGAGGACUUGUUGGUGGCCACGGAUUUCGAAAAGACCUUCUCUGACAGCACCUUGGAGCCGGUGAUGUACAUCUCAGAGGACUCUUUGGCUUUGUUGGCUGCUGCUCCAAGAGAAGCCGUUGAUUCGCUCCUGGACCUUUGCUGCGGCAGCGGCGUACAAGGCAUCGUGGCGCUGCGCUACUACGCCAGCAGCGCCAGCUUCGUGGACCUGAAUCCUCGUUCCCCACGGUUCGUGCGCUUCAACUUGGCUUUGAACUGCCUGGCGCACAAGGCCGAAGGCGUUUUUGAGGGUAACCUCUAUGAUGCCUUGCCACCGCGGGAAAGGCCGUAUGAUGCCAUUGUCGCCAACCCGCCUUUCGUGCCCAACCCACAGGGCAUUGCCUCCGGCGCUGGUGCAAUGUUCGGCAACGGCGGUGACACAGGUGAGAAGGUCCUCCAAGGAAUUCUCCAAGGUGCUUCACAGCACCUCUCGCCUACUGGUCGCUUAUCCUUUGUGGCAAUGUCUCCCAACGUCCAGGAGCUGCCGCGGAGGAUCAGCGAGUGGUGCGAUGUGAACACUACUGGUUUGGUCUUCUCUGGUACUCCUACACCUGCAGAAAGGUAUCAGCCGACAAGCAGUGGAGUGGAGACCAGCCGUUACCAAGCCGCGCUGGCCGACAUGGGCAUUACCAGUCUCUCAGAGGUUGUUGGCGUAAUGGUGAUGGGCGGUACUGAGAAGAAGGUGAGCAUUGCAGGAGAAGCUCGACCAGAGCUGUGGGCGGACCAUUCUUUCCUUCGGAUGGUGGUGCAGAAGUCGGGCGACGCUUCCUCCGCUUCGGAGUCCAGGCCGCAAGCCACAGAAAGUGUAGCUCCACCAGUUCCGUGGGAAGCCUCGGCUGAGCAAGUCAGUUGCAUCCAACUCAACUUGGACCGUGGCACUGUUGGCAUUGCCGCCAAAGAAAAAAACGGAACCAAAGCGCAGCAUGCCAGCGCCAGUGACGCCGGACCCAGCAGUGGACCCCUACGCUGCUGCCGCCAACGCGGCCGCAGCGGUCUCCGCGGCGAGCACGGCAGCGAGUCAAGGAGAGCCGCAGAAGCAGGCCCGAGAAGGCAACUUGCACUGUGCUCAGCAAUGGAUGAUUCUGCCGAGUCAGUUGGUCUCGGUGCCCUGCGACGAGGGGCACGCUCCUUUGCUACGCGCUCAUGGGUGGAAUAUGAUGCCAAAUGCGAUUUCCCCAUUGAGAACUUGCCGUUUGGAGUCUUCUCGUGUGCCAAGAAGGGGCCACGCUGUGCUACUGCCAUUGGUUCAUAUGCUGUGGAUUUAGCGGCACUCAGCGAACACGGUGCACUGUCUGGCCUGGGUUUUGACGCGACCAAGACUUUUGGGCAACCAACGCUCAAUGCGUUUAUGGCUUUGCCACGUAGCGCAUGGCGUGCCACCCGGGCAAGACUCACCCAGCUGCUGCUGGCCGACGGGGACGAUCUGCUCCGCCGCAAAGCGGAGCUGAGGGACGCAGCGAUGCGACCACUGCAGGAAGUGAAGAUGCACCUGCCAGCGAAGAUUGGGGACUACACAGACUUUUAUUCGUCAAGAGAACAUGCCACGAAUGUGGGUAUUAUGUUCAGAGGAAAGGACAACGCCUUGCAACCCAACUGGCUCCACCUGCCCGUGGGUUACCACGGCCGCGCCAGCAGCGUGGUGCUCUCCGGCACCCCCUUGGCGCGGCCUCGGGGACAGCUGCAGAAGAACCGUGAGGAUCCGUGGCAAGGCUCCGACUAUGGACCUUGCAAGCUAUUGGACUUUGAGCUGGAGAUUGGUUUCUUCGUGGGGGGCGAAUUGCCGUCUUUAGGACGACCCAUCACCAUCAAUGAAGCGGCUGAGCACAUUUUCGGCUAUGUCCUGAUGAACGAUUGGUCAGCGCGCGAUAUCCAGGCCUGGGAGUAUGUUCCCCUUGGCCCUUUCGGCGCCAAAAACUUUGGUACUACGAUAUCUCCUUGGAUCGUCACCCCUGAUGCCUUGGAACCCUUCGUUUGCCCCACAUCUGCCGAAAAGCAGGACAGUCCCGAGCCAUUGCCGUACUUGAAGGAACAGAACUACAGUUCCUAUGACAUCAAACUCGCAGUUGACUUGCACACGCCUAGCAAAGGCGGUGAGAAAGUGGUGACCACCAUCACAGAAUCCAACUUCCGUCACAUGUAUUGGACUCCACGUCAGCAAUUGGUCCACCACAGUGUCACUGGAUGCAACAUGCAACCCGGAGACCUCUUGGGUUCUGGCACUAUCUCUGGAACUGAGCAGAGGAGCUUCGGGUCCAUGUUGGAGCUCUCAUGGCGUGGCGCACAUGAAAUCCCUUUGGCAGAUGGUGAAAGCCGAAAGUUUUUGAAGGACGGCGAUGUCUGCAACAUUCGGGGCUUCUGCCAGGGCGAUGGAUAUCAGAUUGGUUUCGGGGAUUGUAGUGGUGAGGUCCUGCCUGCUGGUGCGUUGGAUGAGGCACCAAAGGUUCCAGCGAGGUCCAAGCUGCUGCAGGACGUGGAACUGCAUGGCUAUUUUCGGUCGACGGCCUCGUGGCGGGUGAGGAUCGCUUUGGCCCACCAUGGUGUGAACUAUAAAUACACAUCUGUGAACCUGCUGAAGAGCGAGCAAAAGAGCGCCGAGUUCGAGCAGGUGUCCAGCAUGGCCCAGGUGCCCACUUUGAGUUUCAACGCUGCCGGACGCCGGCAGAACUUGACGCAGUCCUUGGCCAUCAUCGAAUUCCUGGACUCAGUCUAUACGGACUCUCCUCCCUUGAUGCCUCCAGCCGAUGGUACACCAGAAGGCACCCUGAGAAGAGCACGUGUUAUGGAGAUUGCCGAGAUCAUCAACUCUGGCACGCAGCCGCUUCAAAAUCGACCCAUGCUCAGCAGCAUCACCUCCGCCGUGGUGGACGGCAAGGACACGGACGGCACGGGCUUUGCCACUGCUGCGGUGAUGAAGGGCCUGAAGGCCUGCGAAAGACUUGUGGCUCAAUCAGGUGGACAAUAUGCUGUCGGAGAUACUGUCAGCAUUGCAGACAUUUGCAUCGUCCCACAGCUCACCAACGCGCGAAGGUUUGGGAUCAAGGUCGAGGAGUUUCCCCACUUGGCUUCGCUGGAGAAGCGCCUGGCAGAGCUCCCCGCCUUCGCCACCGCAGUGCCCGAGAAGCAGCCUGACGCCGCGUAG